GUUGCGGGCGACCGGACACGCGACAGUCGACACGACAGUAGUCAGAUGCGCGCGCGCAUUGGAGCGAUCUGACGCUCGUUCUUAGUCAGAAUUUAUUAUAUUUAUUUAUUUUCUAUAAUCGUUUUAGUGUCAGUGUACCAACGCUUCGUUAAUGGGAUACGAAAUUAGAGAAACGACUGAAUUAGAAUAAAAGAACAAUUAAAAUGCCGAGAUUUAAGACGAUUAUGGUCACGGGUGGUGCCGGUUAUAUUGGCAGCCAUUGUGUGGUGGAUCUCUUGGAAGCGGGCUACGAAGUUGUUGCUAUAGAUAAUUUUGCAAAUGCUGUGGGCGAUGAAGAAGGUUCUCCGGCUCUCAAACGAGCCGAAGAGAUAGCGGGCAAGAAAAUAACGUUUUACGAAGCUGAUUUACUAGACAAACCGCAAAUCAACGAUAUUUUUGAUAAGCAUGAUGUGGACUGUGUCAUCCACUUUGCAGCCUUAAAGGCGGUCGGUGAAUCUAUGCAACAACCUCUUCUAUACUACCAAAACAACUUACUUGGUAUGCUCAAUUUAUUAGAGGUAAUGCGCUCACAUAACUGCUAUCAAAUAGUGUUUUCUUCAUCUUGCACGGUGUAUGGCGAGCCGGAACAUCUACCCAUCACUGAAACUCAUCCUACCGGCAGCAUCACAAACGUAUACGGAAGAACUAAGUACUUUAUUGAGGAAAUGCUUAAAGAUUUAAGCGCCGCUGAUGAGAAAUGGAACAUAAUAUCACUCCGCUAUUUUAACCCUGUGGGCGCGCACCCCUCGGGGCUAAUUGGAGAAGACCCCACCAAGGAGUUCACUAAUCUUAUGCCUUUCAUGGCUCAAGUGGCGCUUGGCAAAAAACCCGUGCUCACGAUAUUCGGCAAUGAUUAUAAUACACCUGAUGGAACAGGUAUUCGUGAUUACAUCCACGUUAUGGAUCUGGCGAAUGGUCACGUUGCUGCUCUGAACUUACUCAGUGAAAAUCAUGUGAGACUCAAGGUAUACAAUCUAGGUACAGGCAAAGGUGUAUCGGUUAAAGAGCUGGUAGAAGUAUUCGAACGUGUUACAAGCACCAAGAUACCGAUUAAGUACGUGGCCAGGAGAUUGGGUGAUAUUACAGCUAUGUGGGCGGACCCCACUCUCGCUAAGGAAGAAUUGGGAUGGACAACGAAGCGCUCUGUUGAAGAGAUGUGUACCGAUUUUUGGAGAUGGCAAACCAUCAACCCUGAUGGAUACCCGAAGAAAAAUAAAACAACAGUCAUUGUUGUUAACGGAAAAAGUUAGCACGCCGACUUCAAUUACAAUAAUCUAUUACUUACGCGUAGCUAUAUAUUAAUAAAUAAGAUUCUUAUUUAA